AGUUGCUCUUAUGCUACUGAACCAAGAACCAUAUCACUUUUGUUCACUGUUUAGCAAAACAGAGCCACGUGAUUUUAUUUCGAAAUUUAUUAAAAGAUAUCGAAAAGUGACCGGAAAAUAGUUUUUUUUCUUUCAAAUAAUUUAAUUGUAAAGUUUUAUGUAGUUUUUUUUAAAAAAAAAGUGAACAAUGAACUAGUUUUUGGAGGCAAAAAAUUCGUGAAAACAAUAGAUAUAGGAUUUAUAUAUUUUGGGGGAUAUAUAUUAUGUUAAAACAAACAUGUGUGAUUUUGAUAAUAUUGAUAUCAGUGGGAAGAAUUUUUACAGUUCGAUUAAAAGAUUUAAAUUUGCAAAAUGGACAAAAAAAUCUUCAGGAAGAAUGUUCUUCGGAAUUCAACAUAAAUCAGAAUCGAACAGAUGACAAUUCUGAAAUGGACUGUGAUACACAAUGCACGAUCAAUCAGUGGACAAAAGGUUGUACUACCUGGCAUCAAGCCCUUAACAUAGAUUGUAAAUCUGUUUGUAAGAACGGAACUCAAGAAUUACUAUCACCUAAAGAACUUUUUUGCAUUGCGGGUUGUCAUCAAGCCCUAAAUAAAUAUUAUCAUCAAUUGAAAGCUAGAAUUGGAGUACCAUUGGCACCAACUCUAGUUGUUGAUUCAUUAACUGCCACAUCACUCAGACUUGAAUGGAAUGGAAUCGACAUCAAGAGAAUUGGAAAUGGUAUUUCUUAUUUUGUUCAAUUGCGGCACGAGGAUUUGUCAGAAACUUGGCAAUUUUGUAGAAAUCAAUCCUGGAGAGAAGAUGAUCAAAUUCUUGUUUAUAAUUUACAAUCGUACACAAAAUAUAGAUUUCGAAUUGCUCUGCUGUUGAGAUCAAUUCAAGAUAAUGCUGAAAUUAUUGUCUCAACUCCAAGCAUUGUAAUAUUAACGAAACCUGCUGGAGUUCCAAUUUCAGCUCCUAAAAUAAUAAGAACAAAUGCCAUUGACAGUCAACGGAUAUCUAUUUCCUGGGAAGCUGGUCCAUUUUCCAAUGGACCACUUUUAUCAUACAUUUUAAAACUUCAUGAAGGUUCACAAUUAUUGCAAUCGAAGAAUCUUCCAGCUACAGAAAUUGUGAAUCAUCACAUGUUUCGAAAUCUGAAAUCCAAUAGAAAUUAUUCAGUGAGUGUUUCAAUGAGAAAUGCCGAAGGAGAUGGACCACCUGCAAUUAUUUACGUUUCCACAUCAUCAGAAUCAAUUGUUAAAAAUACCGAACAAUCUCUACUUAUUCUUGGAAGUGAGCAUUCAAUAAUGAAACAAGGAUCUGAUAUUUUUGAUGAACCAAGUAUUGUUUAUGAAACUCAAUUAAAUAUUCAAGGAAUUGCAAUUCACGUUGUUUCGGCACAAAUUUUCAUAUCCGAUUCAAUGGGUUAUGUGUAUCGAAAAUCAAUAUCUGAAAAUUCUGAAUCAAUAAUUGUAUUAAAUCCAAAUAAUAUAAAUUUUCAACCAUUGAGUUUGUCAGUUGAUUGGUUAAAUUUAUAUCUCUAUAUUGUGGGACAAUUAAAAAAUAUGACAAAUUGGCAAAUUUUAAGAUGUGAUUUAGAUGGAAAAAAUUUAAUUGUUGUUAUGCCUAAUUUUUUGACAAUGCCUUCUCACGUAGAAGUUGAUCCCUAUAAUGGAUAUUUAUUCUGGAUCACUAGCCAAGGUCUUUAUAGACUCGAUUUAGCCGAAAUUGAUAAUCGUGAGGUUCAACCAAUUUUGAUUUUGGAACAUUCAAAUUUGGGUGCCUUCAUAGUUGAUCAUAUAAAUUACCGUCUACUUGUUUCUUAUCACUCGGAAAAUACAGUGAAAUCUGUCUCAUUCGAUGGAAAAGAAGUAAUUGAUUUUAGAGCCAAUACUCAACAACCUAAAUUUAAAAAUGUCUCAUCAUUGACUAUGAUUAAUAAUCUAUUUUACUGGACUAAUGGAUAUGAAGUUUUAACUGAAGGCUAUCAUUCUGGACAGGAUAAAUAUUUUCACAAUGUUUUUCCCAGAUAUGUAGAUUCUUCGGAAAUGUACAUAAGUGUUAAUGCAUUAAUGAGUACAAGUCAACCGAUUCCAAUUCCGGUAAAUCCACCUACAAAUGUUCAAGCAAUUUUAGGAUCCGAAAGAGCAAAAAUAUCUUGGCAUGCUCCUUAUUUACUUGACGAACAAGGACAAGGUGCUUGGCAAAAUUGGUUUUACGAAUUGGAAAUUAAAAAUAAUUAUUCGGGUGAAACUAUUCAUCAAAUAGGAAUUUCUGAUUUGAAUCAAUCUAUUUUUAAUUUAAAAGAGAAAUCCAAUUAUUCGAUAAAAGCUGCUGCCUACACUAGUGCUGGAAAAAGUCCCUGGUCCAGAGAAUUUAAAGGACAAACUUUAAGAAAUGAAAUUCAAGCGUCAAUUUUGUGGUCCACACAAGAAGGAUUUUUAAUAAGCGAUGUGACUGGAGAAAAUUUAGAUAUUUUGAUUCACAAUACAAAUUUAAAAGAAGAUGGAAUUGAAUAUUUUAUUCGAGAUGUGAGUUGGUACAAAGAUUUAUUGUAUAUUGUGGGAAAUAAUUCUGUUCUUUAUCAAUAUAAUAUGACGAGUCAUCAGAAAUCAUCAUUAAAUAUUAAUUCCGUAAGCAGCAUUGCAGUUGAUUGGAUAUCAAAAAAACUCUAUUGGGCGAAUCAAAAACAACAAAUUAUAAUAAGAUCAAAUAUGAAUGGAUCUAAUCAACAACUCUUACCUAUUAUAUCCAAUGUUAAAGAAUUAAUAAUUGAUUCUUUAGAGGCUUAUUUAUAUUGGACAACUGGCUAUACUAUCGAAGUCACUAGAUUGAAUGGUCAAGAAAGAAGAUAUUACCAUUCAGAUGAAAUAUUCAGUGACAAACAAGUCAUAGGCUUGACCUUAGACUUGGAAAAUCGAUUUCUCUAUUGGAUUAUCAGAAACUAUGAGAGUGUAUCAAUUUUAUAUCGAGCUCCUACUUCGGAAAAAUUGCCUUGGAAUCGAAAAAUAAUACCAGAAAAAAUAUCGAUGAUGGAAUCUAAAACUAUUCAAGGUCCUUUAUGCUAUUUUUCUCAACAUUUAUUAUGGCUACAAGAUAAUAGAAAUGCAAUAAUUGGUGAUAUGAUUGGACAAAACACAGCAAUAAUUAAUGGAAUAAAAUUAUCUCGCCUUCAUAUGACAUCGAUUUUAAAUCCAUUUCUUCAUCAAUUACCAAAGUCUUUUAAUUCUUUUGAAAAUAUCAAUGUUUUACCAAAUGCUGUCAAUAUUCAAAGUAUAAGAAUCGAAGGCAAUUGGACAAAUUUCAACAUAACUUGGGAUGCUGUUAAUAAUACAAAUUAUGGAAUUGUCAAUUAUGAAGUGAAAUUUAUCGAUAUCAAUAAAAAUUUAAUUGAAAAAUUAACAACUGAAACUUCCAUCGUUUACAAUAAUAGUUUACAAACAAUUCAACCAUACAGUUUGAUUGAUGUCAAAAUAAAAGCAUUCACUUAUUGGGAUAGUGCUCAUUAUAGUAGAAAAAUUUUGAGAUCACCUCAAAGUAUUCCAAGUCAGCCUCGUAAUCCAAGAGCUUUUGUGGAAUUUCAAAAUUAUCCAUUAGCCAAUAUGACAAAAUUUGAUUUUGUCUUAAGAUGGGAUUUGCCUCAAUCAUCAAAUGGAAUUAUUUUAGGAUUCGUUCUCAAGUAUUGGUAUACAAUAGAUAAAAGUGAUUUUAUCAUUUCCGAUUCAAUCAAUAUUUCAUCAUCAAAACUUGAAUUUACGUUAUCUCAUGUUUUACCAAAAACAAUAUAUCAUUUUCAAGUGCAAGCCUAUACUGAAAUUGGCGUUGGACCUUAUACAAAUGAACUCAGUAUAUCGACAAAAAAUGAAAUUUUUUUACCACAAUUAUUAAUUGUAACUACAAAUAUGCUGAAAAUUUUUGAUCUUGAUCGGCAAAUUAAUCAAAUAAUUAAUUCACAAUCUAUUCGAGAAUUAAUAUAUUUAGCCGCUGAUGAAAAAAUAUUUUCUAUAAACGAAAUGCAAGAAUUAGUAACAUUGAAUAUAAAUGAUGAAAAUGUGAAUAAAAUUCUAUCUCUAAAUAAUUCGGCUAAUAGUAUUUGUGUCGAUUGGAUUUCAAGAAAUUUAUUUUGGUCCGAAACGAGUUAUAAAAAAUCUAAUGGCAGUUACAUAAUGAAAUUACAAUUAUCAACUUGGCACUCGGGAAAAUUGAAAUAUAAAAAAAUUAUUUUACGAAACAAUCGAAUUGUAAAUUUGGAUAUUUCGCCCUCAAAAGGAAAAUUAUUUUGGAUGGAAUUGAACAGUAAACAAGAUCGUGGAGUAAUAAUGUACUCGGAUUUAUCUGGUGAGAAUGUAAAACCAUUUUUCAAUCAAAUGAAAGACUGCUCUUGUCCUUUUAUGCCAGUAAUUCGACCUGUUUUUACAAUUGACAAUACAAAUCCUCAUAAUCCAACAAUUUAUUGGAUAUCAUUGGAGGGACAUCUUCACGAAUCAGAUAUUGACGGAUGUUUUUGUAAUUUAAUCAUCGUUAGUGAAGAACUACUCUCUCCAAGUUCUCUAACUGUUGAUAAAAAAAAUAUUUACUGGUCAAAUACAAAAACAGAAAAAUUAUAUCUCGUAAAUAAAAUACAUCCCAACAAAGAGGGAAUAAAAAAAUAUCAUUCGGCAAAUGUGAAUAAAAUUAAAGCUUUUGGAAAAUCAUUACAACCUUAUCCUGAUAGUGAAUGUUUCACAUUUUCACAAUCGGAUUAUAAUAUUCAAGAAAUUUCUAAAACAAAAAACAGUAUCAAAAUCAAAAUGCCACAGCCAAUUUUUCAUGAAAUUUGUGACAAUUAUAAUUUACCAUCCACAUUGUAUACAAUUUAUUAUUCCGAAUGUUUAGAAGAAAAUAAAUGCUCUGAGGAAAUAAAAUUACAAACAUACGAUGCAGAAAUGGAAAUUGAAAAAUUAAAAUCAUUUACAAAAUAUCGAUUUAGAUUAGGAUUGAGCAAUUAUUACAAUAGUAAUGAAAAUUUUAGUUCUGAAAUUAUUUUACAAACAGAAGUUGGAAUUCCAUCAAGACCACGAAAUGUCACUGUUAAAUCUUUAACACCGACAACAGCGGCAGUUUAUUGGUUGCCAUCAGAAAUAUUAAAUGCCAAUUAUAUUAAUUAUAAAACAUAUUGGACACCAAAUACAAUUAAUGGAAGAGUAAAAAAAACAUCUGGCAUUAUUGAAGAAUCAGGACAAUUAGAAGAUGGAAGACAUUUUGCUAUUUUACAUCAUAUGCUUCCUAAUCAAGAAUAUAAAAUUUUUGUUCGCGCCUAUCCUCCAAAUUUCAUUGACAAUCAUAAUGAAAGUAAUGAACAAUAUCUCAAAAUGUAUCCUGAGCCAAAUAAUUUAACUGUUGAAUAUUUUACAACAGCUUUGACUAUAUUUUGGUCACCCGAUAUUAAUUUGACUGUUGAUUAUUCUCUUGAAUUUACAUCAUUGACUCUUAAUAAAUGGCAAAUUGUUAAUAUUUCAAAAAUAAUUAAUAAUACCGCAGAAUUUCAUAUUAUAAACUUGGAACCAAAAACUUCGUAUAAAUUUCGUUUAAUGAUCAAAUAUCCUGAUAGUAAAGAACAAUUUAUUUGGCCAAAUGAUAAUCGAUUUAUUUUUGAAACACUUGAUGAUGUACCAAGUGCACCGGGAAAACCAACAAUAGGAUCAAUUUUAAUUAUGAGUGCCUCUGUUGUCAUUAGCGUCAUGUUAUUUAGUUUUUGUUACUUAAUUUGUGGAAGUUAUAGACAGCGUAAAGAAGAUAAAAAAGCAAUUCUAUCACCGAGAAUAUCCAUCAUUGAAUUGCCUACAUUGAGAGAAAUUCCUCGGGGAAAUUUUGUUCAAACCAAUGCCUUGUAUUGUCCAUUAACAUUGCAAUGUGAUAACGAUGAUAUGAUGUUACCUAAAAUAAAAAGAGAUCAAAUAAUAUUAAACAGAUUUUUGGGUAGUGGUGCUUUCGGAGAGGUAUUUGAAGGAACUGCGAAAGAUCUUAAUGGACCAGGAUAUACGCCAGUUGCAAUAAAAACUUUAAGAAAGGGAGCAUCCGCACAAGAAAAAAAUGAAUUCAUUAAAGAAGCAAGACUAAUGAGUCAUUUUCGACAUAAACAUGUUCUUUUGCUAUUGGGUGUUUGUUUAGAAACUGAUUCACCUUUAUUAGUUUUAGAAUUAAUGACAGGUGGUGAUUUAUUAAGUUAUUUAAGAUCUCAUCGAUCUAUUCAACCUUCGGAUCCCAAUGCACUCACUCUUCAAGAUUUACUAUCAAUAUGUGAAGAUGUUGCGAGAGGAUGUCGCUAUCUUGAGGAACUUCAUUUUGUCCAUCGUGAUCUUGCUUGUAGAAAUUGUUUGGUAUCAUCUAAUGAUCGUCAACAUCGAGUCGUAAAAAUUGGUGAUUUUGGACUUGCUCGUGAUAUUUAUAAAAAUGAUUAUUAUCGCAAGGAAGGAGAAGGAUUAUUACCAGUUCGUUGGAUGGCUCCAGAAUCAUUAGUAGAUGGAGUAUUUACAUCUCAGAGUGAUGUUUGGGCAUUUGGUGUUCUAAUUUGGGAGAUAACAUCAUUAGGACAACAACCAUAUCCGGCAAGAACGAAUCAAGAAGUUCUUCAUUACGUAAGAACUGGCGGUAGGUUACCAAAACCUUAUAAUUGUCCUAAAACUUUGCAUCAUUUGAUGCUGAGAUGCUGGAGUUCUAUUGAAAGGAGACCAAGUUUCAAAUCAUGUCUAGAAGAAAUUGUCACCUUGAGAAAUACCAUCGAAGAUUCAUGUUUGGUUCAAGUAUUUUCGAGUCGUUACUUAUCACAAAUAGGAUGUUCGGGAAAAUCGACUAACUCAGAAGAAAGGCGACAGGAAAGUACAAUUUCAACAUUAUUAGCUCCUAAGUAUUUAGAAUUAUUAUCGAGUCCAGAUGAGUGGUCCAUCUCUUCUAAAAAUCCCAUAUCUGCCUACGAAGUGCCAAGAUCUACAUUAGUAGAUAAAAAUGCAAAUUUCCAAUUUUCUGAAAAUUCAAAACAUGAAAAUUCAAACGAUGAAGAAACAUCAAAUUUAGAGAGUCAAAUUGUAGAUAAACAAAUUCUAAAUAAAAUCCUACAGAGAAAAAAUCAACAAAGAAGACUCUCUGUAACUAGUUUAAAUAUUCCGGAAAAAAAGAGAAUUUCCAUUGUCAAUUGUCGAAAAAAAUGUCGAUCCCUUGAUAAUCGACAAUUGAGAAACAAUAUAAAUUGUAAAGACACGAGAUUUUCCAAAUAUUUAAAAAAUCCACGAAAAGUGAUAAAAAUGAGCUCAACUGACAAUUUGAAUUUAAAGGAAAAUAUCAAUAAUUCUAAAGAAUCAAAUACAAAUUUAGAUAUAAGACCAAGUUCUUCAUUAAUUAAUUCUGAAACUUCCACAAAAAUUAGUCAAUACAAUCUAGACAAUAGUGAAAUAAAUAAAAGAUUUUCAAAUUUAUUAAAAAUUCAAAAAACAAAUUCCAGCUUACAAAAAGCGAAAAUUCCACUAGUGAUAAAUAAUGCAUUGUUAAAUUUACUGCAACAAACACCUGAAAUUGAAGAUAAUGAAAGAAUUAUUACUUAUACAAUUAUAAAUACUGAUGCACUUAGAGUAAAUGGAUCUUAAAGAAAAGAAAAUUGAAAGAGACUUCAAUGUUCACUAUUUAGACUGAUACUUUGAAUUAAAAAUUAGGGAAAUUUGACUAAAGAUAAUUAUAAGAAAAUUUUUUUGACUAGUGAACAUUAUAAAAUAUAUUUUAAUUUAAUUGAUAAUAAUUUAUUAUUAAAAUAUAAUAUAAAAAUAAUUUUUAAUGCGUAAAGCAAUUGCAAAAGUGCCACAAUUGACAUCAUUAAUGAGACAAAUCUUAAACUCAUUAAUGUUAGUGAAUAUAUUAUGCCAAAUGAUAUUUUUAUACAAUCUAUUAUAUUAAAUUAUUAUAAAUAACUCAUAUACAGUAGUAGUUGAUAAUUAAUUUUUUUUAAAGAUUUGUUAAGUUUUUUGUGCUUUUAUAUUCUGAGGAAUAAAUGAUUCUAAUGUAUGUAUCUUAAAUAGAAAGUUUUCUAUUUUAAUUAUUUAUAAAGAAAGAGUGCCUUCAAUUCUAUUUAUAAGUUAUUUAAAAUUAAAAUACUUUCUCAUGUGAUGAGAAUGUAAAAAUUUAAAAUUAUUAAGCAGGUUAAGAAAACUUGCAGAAUGGACUAGAAAUAUAAUUUUUAUUAAACGAAAGUUAUAUAUAACAUACUUCACUCAAAAAUACGUAUAAUUUUUUUUUUUUUCUUGGAAAGACAAUCGAAGUUUAAAACUCUAUUUAAAUUAUAUUUCAAUUGAGAAAAUAAUUUACAAGUAUCAUUAAUAAUUAGGGAAUGAAAGAUCAGAUUAUUUUUCUUUUAUAUAUUUGAGGAUUUUAUGUAGCAAUUUUUUUGACAAAAUUCACAGCAGUAAUUCUAAAGUUAUAUGGCCCUGUAUAUUGUUUAUAUGUAUAAAUUUAUGUAAUUGCGCUCCACUAUUUUUUUAAUUACUUUGUAUACGUUUGUAAACAUGAAAAAUGAAAAUUAAUGUUAACAAUGUUUUUUUUUUUAUAUAACGAUUGUAAAUAAAUUUGUCAUCAUUUUGAGAAAUUUUAUAUACAUUGCAUUUAUUAUUUACAAAUACUCAUCAAAUUGAGUAAUCAUACAUUGAUUAUUAUUAAUUAAUUACAAUUGUAAUUAUAAUUUAAUCAAACUCACCUGUCUUCAAAUUUUUGAUUUUUUUUUUUAAAUGUAAUUAUCUCAAUUUUUCGAAGUCAUUGUAAAUACCAAAAUAAGCAAAUCGAAGAUACGAAUCUCGUAAUAUUCGAAAAUUAAAUGUGAGUUUAAUUACAAUCGUUUCCUAAAAUUAAUUUAAACGUUAAUUAGGUAUUGAACUACAAUUAUUUAUUGAAUUUGAAUUAUAUUUCGGAAUUUCAGAAUAAGAAGUAAUAAUUUUUAAAUAUUGAUUUAAAUCUAAUAUCACCAAUUAACGUAGAUAAAAGAAGAAUUAUCGAAAUUCUUUUUCUAAAUGUGUUAGUAAAUACCACUAAAAAAAAAAAAAA